CCCCGGAUUUGAAAGCUGGGUCUUCCUGAGAGUCCGCGGGCUUCCGCUCCCAGCGCGGGAUUCUGGAGGUAAUUUGAGGAAGACUUGGAAACCGCGCCAGGCCCAAAGGGGACCUAGAAGGGAGCCAAGGCCAGGCCUGCUGCCCAGUGUGAGCUCUGAGAAGAAGAGGAGCGGGCCGGGACGCCCUCCGGGGUAUCCCAGAGGUGACAGAACUUGAUCUGGGCCUGGAAGGGGAAGAAUCCGGGAAGGGCAACGUGGGGCAUUCCAGUAGUAAUUGAUAGAAAUAUUACAUGGGAUAGGAUUUAUUCUCUCCGUACUUCUGAACCAAUGAACAGAAAAUGGGAAGAAAAACUGAAGCAAAUUGAAGAACGAGCAUCUCAUUAUGAGAGGAAACCAUUGUCCUCAGUGUAUAGACCAAGACUGUCCAAGCCAGAGGAACCACCCUCCAUUUGGAGACUAUUUCAUCGACAAGCUCAAGCUUUUAAUUUUGUUAAAAGCUGUAAAGAAGACGUUCACGUAUUUGCUUUGGAAUACAAAGUAGGAGAUGGACAACGUAUUUACCUUGUGACAACCUAUGCUGAAUUUUGGUUUUACUAUAAAUCCAGAAAAAAUCUCUUACACUGCUAUGAAGUUAUUCCUGAAAAUGCUGUGUGCAAGCUUUAUUUUGAUUUGGAAUUUAACAAACCUGCCAACCCAGGAGCUGAUGGGAAAAAGAUGGUUGCAUUACUCAUCGAGUAUGUGUGUAAAGCGCUUCGAGAGUUAUAUGGUGUUAAUUGCUCAGCUGAAGAUGUUUUGAACUUGGAUUCUAGCACUGAUGAGAAAUUCAGCCGGCAUUUAAUAUUUCAGCUCCAUGAUGUGGCAUUUAAAGAUAAUAUUCAUGUUGGUAAUUUUUUGAGAAAAAUUUUGCAGCCUGCUCUUGACUUGCUUGGCAGUGAAGAUGAUGAUAGCGCUUCAGAGACAACAGGCCACGGAUUUCCCCAUUUUUUGGAAGCACCUGCAAGACAAGAAUUUUCUUUCACAGAGAAGGCUACAGGGGAAAGCUGGACAUUGAAUUCAGAGAAACUGGAGAGGCUGGGGUCAGCUGAGCAAAGCAGUCCUGACCUUUCGUUUCUAGUUGUGAAGAAUAACGUGGGAGAGAAGCAUCUUUUUGUGGAUCUUGGAGUUUAUACAAGAAAUAGAAACUUUCGGCUAUAUAAAUCAUCAAAAAUAGGAAAGCGUGUGGCUUUGGAGGUUCCUGAAGAUAACACAUUUUUUCCUAUACGGUCGAAGGAUGUUUCUGGCGAAUAUCAGUAUUUUCUCUCUUCUUUGGUCGGCAACGUCAGGUUCUCAGAUACUUUACGAAUUCUGACAUGUGACCCGUCUCAGAAUAAACAAAAAGGAGUUGGAUAUUCUAACAGUAUCGGCACUUCAGUAGAAACCAUGGAAGGUUUUCAGUGCUCUCCCUAUCCUGAAGUUGAUCGUUUUGUUCUUUCUUUGGUGAAUAAAGAUGGCAUUAAAGGAGGAAUUCGGCGUUGGAACUACUUUUUCCCAGAAGAAUUACUGGUUUAUGAUAUUUGUAAAUAUCGGUGGUGUGAAAACAUUGGAAGAGCCCAUAAGAGUAAUAAUAUAAUGAUUCUGGUUGAUCUGAAAAAUGAAGUUUGGUAUCAAAAAUGUCAUGACCCUGUAUGUAAAGCAGAAAACUUCAAAUCUGACUGUUUCCCAUUGCCUGCUGAAGUAUGUCUCCUGUUUCUUUUCAAAGAGGAAGAAGAGUUGACAACAGAUGAAGCAGAUGAAACUAGGAGCAAUGAAACCCAGAAUCCUCAUAAACCAUCACUUAGCAAGCUGUCAACAGGUGCAUCUGCUGAUGCUGUCUGGGAUAAUGACAUUGAUGAUGCUUAUUUUUUAGAAGCUACUGAAGAUGCUGAAUUAGCUGAAGCUGCAGAGAACAGUCUUCUCAGUUAUAACAAUGAAGCAGAUGAAAUUCCUGAUGAGCUAAUUAUAGAAGUAUUACAAGAGUAGCUAGUUCACUAUGGACACUUUUGUCACCAGGCUAUAAUUUGCCUGAUAUCUGUGAGAUUUGAUAAAUAUAUCAUUCAACCUGAUAAGUUUUAUCACUUUGCUUUCCAAUUUUUGUUUUUUACUUCUAUGAACCAAUUUUAUUAAAAAUUACCUUUGAUGUACUUAAAUUCA